CUUUCAGGACUAUUGACACACAUAUGGCUGCAGUUGUUUUUAACAUUCUCAUUGCGAUGUGGAGGCCGAAGCACUGGCGAUGUGGAGGCCGAAGCACUGGUCGAUACACUGGCUGACACAAUAGCAGAGGUAGAGGCCGAGCCACUUGGCGACACACUGGGUGAUGUGGAGGCCGAAGCACUGGUCGACAAACUGGCUGACAUGCUAGCAGAGGUGGAGGCCGAGACACUUGGCGACACACUGGACGAUGUGGAGGCCGAAGUACUUGUUGACACACUGGCUGACACGCUAGCAGGGGUGGAGGCCGAGACACUUGGCGACACAAUGGGCGAUGUGGAAGCCGAAGUACUUGUUGACACACUGGCUGACAGGCUAGCAGAGGUGGAGGCCGAGACACUUGGCGACACACUGGACGAUGUGGAGGCCGAAGUACUUGUUGACACACUGGCUGACAGGCUAGCAUAGGUAGAGGCCGAGACACUUGGCGACACAAUGGGCGAUGUGGAAGCCGAAGUACUUGUUGACACACUGGCUGACACGCUAGCAGAGGUGGAGGCCGAGACACUUGGCGACACACUGGGAGUUGUGGGGGCCGAAGCACUGGUGGAGAAACUGGCUGACACGCUAGCAGAGGUGGAGGCCGAGACACUUGGCGACACACUGGGCGAUGUGGAGGCCGAAGUACUUGUUGAUACACUGGCUGACACGCUAGCAGGGGUGGAGGCCGAAACACUUGGGGACACAUUGGGCGAUGUGGAGGCCGAAGCACUGUUCGAAACACUAGCUGACACGGAUGCAGAUGUGGAGGACGAGACUAGCAACAACAAUAAUAAUUAA